AUGGAUACAGAUACAGAAAUAACAAGAGAUAGAAAGAGAAAGAAAAUAGAUGAUGAAUUGAAACUAUCAGGUUGUUCGAAUCAUUAUUUUAAAAAUGGAAUAUUUAAAUCAUCAUUGCUACCUAUUUUAAAGAGAGACAAAUAUAAUGAUUCUUUGAUGAGUUUGUUGGAGACAUGUAAAGAUUCGUUUAGUUGGAAGUAUGAUGUUGUGUUUCCUACUCUGCCACCACUUGCAACAAUAGAGUUGUACAAGAAAAGUGGAAAGAUAUCACUGCUACCCAAACAAUAUCAUACCGUUACUAUUACAAAUAGUGAAGAGUGGAAGUAUCUACUGGGUAAUCCUGACGGUCUGAUUACACGUACUGCCAAACACCUAGUAUGCUCUGCUCACCAGACUUCAGUUGAACCUGGCCAAAUACCAGACCACUUUACACAUCUUGAUAUUAGAGGGUUGUCUAAUAUCACGCCCGGAUGUAUUCCAUCAGGUGCAACGCAUCUUAAAGUAGAACAAAUUGGUGUGUUGGAAACUGGACUAUUCCCAGAUACAUUGGUUCAUCUUGACAUGGAGUCAUUUGAAGAGUGCGAUGAAAAAGGGUUUAUAUUCCCACCUAGAUUACAUACUCUAGGUAUCGUGUCUACGUUUAUCGAGCAGGGCAUAAAACUACCCAACACGAUUCGUACACUGUAUAUCUAUGAUGACGGGUGUGGUAUAAAUGAGCUGGGUAUCAUCCCAAGUUCGGUGGUCAGCUUACACGUGCAAGAUUGUGAGGUUGGAGUGGGUGUGAUACCAAACUCUGUAAAAUACCUAGAGAUUACAUUAUCGGAUCCAAACAAUUACAAAGCUAUUCCUGCAGAGUCUGUUACACACUUGCAUGCACUGUUUUCAGGUAGAGAUCAAACACGAGUUGACAGUACAAUGAUACCUCAGUCAGUCACCCACCUUAAAGUGUCUGGCGAGUACUCAUUGAUGCUUAAAAACAAUCCGUCGAUCACUAGCUUGACACUGACCAAUCCAUACAUCAUCUCCAACUUUGAAUGGCCACCCAGUCUCACCAACCUACACAUUAACGGUGAUGCUAGUGGUUCACUCAACACGAAAUCAUGUCCACCAACAAUCGAGUAUUUUAGUAUGUCCAAUGUUACCUAUGACAAUACACUACAAAAUCUCAUCCCCCAAUCAACAAAGUAUUUCAAGUAUGACAAUACCUCCUCCUCGACUCAGUUAUUCUAUCCAAACUAUAUACCUAGUUCAGUUCAAUACAUUAAAUUUGAUACAAUUGGUAAGUUACAAGUAUUCCAAGAUGGAGUGUUACCAAAAUCAUUAAAGUAUCUUGAACUACCAGAAGAGUAUGAAGGUCAGUUAAAGACACAAGCACUACCCACAUCUCUUCAAGUCAUCUCUAUUGCAUCGACCAAUCCAAGACUCCACGAACGUAUUCCAUCAUCCAUCAAGAAACACCUCAAAAAUAUUAGACACCAACACCCAGAAACAUGGUUGGAUACUGUUUGGUUGGAAAAUGAUGGUGAUUGGUAUUUUGGCUUGGAAUAA